AGUCUGCACAGACUUGCCUGGGUGCCCCUCAACCUCACUCCCUCCAUCCCUAUUUUUUCUCCCCUUUCCUUAUCUUUGAUCCUCUGCUUUCUGGUCUUCCACAAGCUGUCAAGCAGAAACAUCAGACGGAAAGCAUGCUAACUCUAUUGGUGCUCACAUCUGUGGUGUUGCUCAGUGCAGCUCCCCAGACAGAGGCUAUAGUAGUGUACACUGGCUGGGAGAGGCAUGCUUUGGUAGGCUCAGAUAUUCGGCUUUCCUGCUCUUUCUUCUCAUGGCGAUGGACUUCUGAUGAUGUCACUUUCUCCUGGAGCUACAGGCCAGAUGGGGCAAAAGACAGCAUCUCUAUUUUCCACUACACAAAUGGAGUUCCAUAUGUGGACAAUAAAGGGCCAUUCCGGGACCGCUUGGAGUUUGUGGGCAACCCAGCUCGCCGUGAUGGCUCUAUCCUGAUCCGAAAUCUCGACUUUUAUGACAAUGGAACCUUCACCUGUGAUGCCAAGAACCCUCCAGACAUAGUUGGUCGACCCUCCAGCGUACGACUUCUGGUAUUUGAGAAAAUCCCAAUUCAGGCCGGUGUGAUCACAGGUGCGAUUAUUGGAGUGGUUUUGGGUUUGCUGAUCCUGGUGGUGGCCAUCUACUAUCUCAUGCGCUUCCUGGUGGCCCGCCGCGUCUUCAGCUUGAGUGUGAGCAAACAUGGCAAGAAAGGCAAAGGGAAAGAGGGAACCCAGCAAAAACAGAAACCAAAGGUUCCCCCCGUUUACCUCUCCUUCUAAUGACUCGUUCUCGGUUUCCCCCUUUUCCAUCUCUUUUUUCUUCUCUUUCUCACUGCCGCUUUCUUGUUCUCCUCCUUUACUUCUGUUAAUCUUCACAAUUUGCAUCAUAUAACAACACACUUUCUCUUCUGUUCUCUCUUGCUAUGGCUCUCUCUUAUGCUCUCUCCUUUUUCUUGCUCUCUUUCUCCCUCACUCCUGCCAUAGUGACUCUAUCCUCCCCUCCCCACACUCCCUCUCUCUCCCCAGGCUUCUGUCGUGGUGGAUCCUGCCAAGCAGAAGGCGCCAGUAUCCGAGAAGAAGAAGCAAGAGACGCGCAGAGAAAAGAAAUAGGGCUUCGCGGGCAGAGAGCUAGAGCUCCAGGAACAAGUACCUGGAGAAGGCAGGAAAGAAAGAAAGGAUAGGGUUCUUAUGACCAUUGAGCUCGAGCUCCUUAAACAAGAGCAGACAAGAGGAGGAGAAGAGAAGCCCAAACAUAGCCCUGCUGCUCUUCUAUCCGCCUUGUCCAAGCUCUCACAAAAAAUUACUCUUGGCUGAGCGAGUGAAGGAUGCAAGCGUGUAGAGGAGAGAAGGCCUUAAAGAGGAGGAAUUGGGAGGAGCAAUCCCACAUUCAGUUUUAAUUGCAGAUCUUUGUUGUUUCAUAGCGUAGCUUAGGACACAUAGGAGCCAUUGAACACACCCCGUGACACUGAAUUUUAUGACCCACCAAAUGAACCUCAUUUAGCAUCAAAAAUUAAACACCCAUAAACAUUACAGGUUGCUGCUUUAAAUUUUUAAGGCACGAGUUAAAUGCUGUCACAACUCUUUUUCUAUCUAUCUCACACACACACACACACACACACACACAGAUGUUUGGGAUGGCAGUACAGUGACGUGUAACAUUACACUGCAAUCACUCUAACAAGGCCAUACUUUCUCUGAGGAUGCAUUGUGAUGACCACCUCACAAUAUGUGUGCACACAUACACUACAAGUCCUUUAGUUUUUUUUCUUGGUCAGAUUUUUUUUGCUGCUUAUCUUGAAAAAGAUUUUUCCCUCUUCUCUUUUAUCCCUUUGCCACUGACACUCUGCUGAUGUCAAAGCUUUUGCAAAAAAACAACAGCAAAAUACAUUAUGUAAUGGGCCACUUUAGCACAGGAUUAAGAGCAAUUAUGUAAUUAUACAUAGAGGUUUCCAGUGAAUGGCAUAAAUGCAAUUAUGACUGAAGAGGUUUUUUACUAUUUGUAUGUUUGGUUUUGAGAAUGGCUUUUAACAAGUCAACCCUAAAGUAUCUCUACAUAGAGCAAUAAUAUUAUCAUAGACACCAAAAUGGAAGAUAGAUGUAUGUAAUUAUUUAUUUAUAAUGUAUUACUAUUUAUUCCAAGUCUGCUAUGGACCUUUAUUAGUAUUAGCAUUAGGAUUGUAGCUCCAGUUUAAUUUGUAAAGUGUAAAAGUGCACUGAUUGAUUUUGUAGUUAUAGUUAUGUUUAUUUUAUGGCAACAUCUUGCACCAUUCAUUCAUUUCAUCACAAGUUACUUGUGAUGAAAUGGUGCUGGAGUCAAAUCUAUUUUACUGAUGGAGAAGCAGCAGUUUUUCACUAAAUCACAUGAAAUUAUUUGUAGCACCAGCACUUUGUUAAGGGGUAAUAUGUUUUCUGUCCUUCAUUUACUGCCUGAAAUAUCUGCUUUAACUGUUCCUUCUUUUUUCUCUUCUCCCCUCCCUCCCUCUUUUUAUGCUAUUUCUUGUCCUCUUCAUCUCUUUCUAUUUCCUUCAUUUCUUCUUCUUUCUGAUUUCUCUCAUCAAUUGCAUAAUGUCAUGAUCACUUUCUCCACCGGUGUUGUGGCAUUACUUCCUGUUUCACUGUAGGCUGGUCCUUCAAAGUAGCCAUGCCUACCUUUUUUAUAUUCAUUGCUUAAGGGCUAAACACAAGAACAUAGGCAAAACCCACACACAAAAUGCACUCAAAGAUACAUGAUCCAAUUCUAGAAUUCAGAAUCAGAGAAAAUGUACUGUCAUCAAAGACACAUUCCUGCCGUGAUUAUUUAGCACACUUUAUACUUCAGAGCACUGUUCCUCACCUUGUAGGUUUAAAGCCAUAGAGGGCAACAUAGCAGCAUAGCAGUAUGUUAUAUUUCAUAUAAAAUGAAUAAAGUAAAACUGAAGAUUAUUUCUAACUAUCCACCUUUGGAGGUGGUUUGCUCCUUCUCUGAAAUUUAGUUGUGAACACUGCUCUAGUAACUUCCAACUAGAGGGACAAAUUUUCAAUCCAUACAGUUCACAGUUGCUACACCUACUCUAUGACUGUGGAAGGAGUGUGGGUUUUGAUGUGUGUAUUGCUCUGACUGCAGUGACUGAAACCCUUAGAAUGAAGUUGAUACUGCUAGCAGAGUUUGCUUGUUCACACACACACACACACACACGCAUUAUGUCAAUUAUGUUAAUUCAAACAUAAUCAUCCUAAUCAUUUGCCCCAUACUUCAUUUUUAUUUCUUUUUUUCCAUUGACGUGAGGUAAGUGUUUACAUUACAUCUUACAUUUAUUACAUCUUACGCUCACCAUAUAUCACACAAUUUCACGCUAUCAUGUUGUAUUUCCAUUACUCUUCCUUUCAUAAAACCUCCAUUCUUCGACUCCUUUACCGUCCUUCAUCCAUCUCUCGCUCUUCGCGAUUUGAACAAUACUCUUGUGAUCUCCUGCCCACAACAAGGAAACUCUCGUUUGGCCUUCUGACGACGUCAAAGCCAAAAUGCUAAUGUUGUUACCUAGCUCUCUGCUGACUGCGAAAAAUGAAUUUCUUUUCCCAUGUUUGUGUGUUUAGUGCAACAACAUGUCUAUAACCUGUCAAGAUGUUAAGAGAACAAAACACUGAAGUAAAACUGGACUAUGUCUAUGUAUGUACCUAAUGCUAGUUAUGACAUGCCGUGCAAUAGUUUACUGGACCUUUGUUGGAAAAAGAAAUGUAAUUUGUAUUUAAUUAUAUUUAUACAUGCAUAUUUGACUGACAUGGUAGGAUUCAUAUGGCUUUUUAUUAUCACAGUCUUUGUAUCCUAGGCUGUAGGAAGUAAUGGUGUGGAAACCAGCAAGGCAUGAAUUCAUUAUAUUAGUGAUUGCAUAAAAUGUUAACCUGCAUAAAAUAUUUCUAAUCUGGAACAAGGACUUCAAGGGAACAAGGGAAUUCACAUUGUUGUGAAACAUCAAGCCAAAGUCCAUUGAACAUCACAAUCACAUAAGAGAUGAUUCUCCCACCAAGUCUUCUGUAAGGUGCAUCUAGGACAUGUAGGGUUGCUUACAGACUUGAGUGAAAGUCAGAUGCUAUUUAUGCAUUUCUGAAUAGAUAUAGAACAGCCACCUGCUUUCCUCCAUUAAACCUGCAUUAAAAUAUGGAAUCAUUUUCAUGUUGUAUGUAUCAUGUACGUGUAUAUGUAUUAGUAAGGACUUAUAACUCUCCCUUUCCUCAAAUGCAUUUUACAGUUUCUAAUCCUUUAUAUGUUUAAUUUGGUGUUAACCUCACUAGGCUAUUAGAGUUUUUUGUUAUGUAAAAUGGAUUGUAAAAAAGGAAAUAAAGCUUGAGUUAAAAUCAGUCAUUUAAGAAAUACAUAAAUAAAUUUCAAGGUAAAAUGUG